GUUUGCUUUGACUGGAAACAGAAGCAAAACCAAAAAUGAAGUUCAACAAGUUAGUUACGGCAUCCAGGAGUAAAAACAGAAAGAGGCAUUUUACAGCUCCUUCCCACAUCAGAAGAACCCUUAUGUCAGCACCUUUGUCUAAAGAACUUAGGCAGAAAUAUAAUGUUCGCACUAUGCCCAUUCGUAAAGACGACGAAGUACAAGUGGUACGUGGACAUUACAAAGGACAGCAAGUAGGUAAAGUUGUACAAGUGUACCGUAAGAAAUUCGUUAUAUAUAUUGAAAGGAUACAGAGGGAAAAAGCUAAUGGUGCCAGUGUAUAUGUAGGAAUCCAUCCAUCAAAGGUUGUCAUCGUAAAGCUUAAGAUGGACAAAGACAGGAAGAAGAUCAUUGACCGCAGAGCUAAGGGACGUUUGGCCGCGUUGGGCAAAGACAAGGGCAAAUACACAGAAGAAUCGGCUGCAGCAUCCGCUGUAGAAACGUCUUAAGUGUAUGCUUUUUUAUUUAAUAAAUAAAUUUAAAAUG